AUCGUGGAUUGACGUGUAAUCGAUACUGACCUGAAUUCGAUACUUUAUGUUUUUUGUUUACCGCGACACCGCCGGAAGUGGAAUGACGUCACACGGGAUUUCAUAAAACUACCUAGUUCCUAACUUUAAUCGAACACUAUAAAAUUUUGCAAAAUGCGCAAGAAAAACGCAAAUCCUCUGAAAACAUCCAUGAAGUAUAGGCUGUAUAGUCCUACAGCCAUGACUUCUGCUUACCAAGCUGUGAAAGAUGCCUGUAUGCCUAUUAAAACUGCUGCUCGCCAGUAUGGUGUACCCCAGACUACUCUACGUGACCGUGUCCUGGGUAGAAUAGAUCCAGAUACUGUAUCCUCUGGACCACAGGCUUUAUUCUCACAAGAGCAAGAGGCUUUGUUUGUUCAGCAUCUUAAAGCCAUGGCAGAAUUGGGGUAUGGGUAUUCCCGUACUGAAGUCACCUCUCAAGCCAGUAACUUUGCCUUAUUUCUUGGCUUACGGUAUAAGAAUCAUCCACUCAGUGAUAGAUGGUUCCGUGGUUUUAUGGAUAGAUGGGCCUGAGAUGAAAGUUUUGAAACCAAGAGCA